CUCAUUCUGGCCGUUAGAAGCAGCAGAUUCGUUUGAAGCAGCAGUCACUUCAAGCUGCGUCAAAAAGACACUAAAAGUUAGACAAACGCUUGCUGUGAAAAUUACACGGAUAAAUAAUCUGUGUGAAUUAUUUUAAAUGGAAAAAAAUUCAACUUCAGUGCGUCUAUCUCAUUCAUGGUGAUUGUAUGGAAAGUGCGUAUGAGGUGUGAGCGGCUGCAGCUGUCACUUGCUGUGUCUGAGACUCCUGGCAGUUCUGCUCAUGGGGAACAAGUGAGCUCCUGGCUGUGUCUCUCUCUGGGUGAGUGGGAAUAGGACAGAAAUUGCAACAUAAUCAAUCAUUAUUAAUAGCAUGUUCAUAGAGAUAUAUCGUUUUAUGCAAAGGUUCUUUAAAAGGGAAUUGUACCCUGAAAAUAUGUGCAUUUGCUUCUAUGCAAAGUGAAUUUCAAUUUUUAGCCAGAAAUAGCCAAAUUGAAAACAUAGGUAAGAAAUGUUCCAGUUCAGUCAUUUUGGCCUUAAAUUAGAAAUUUACUUUAGGGUUUAUUCACUAAAUUCUGUACUGUAGUAAAUUAAAAAUGCAAAUCUGUGUUGAUAGUCGAGUUUGUGAAUUUUUAUUCUUGAUUCUCUGCAAUUCACUAAUUUGUGAAUAAACUCUAUGUCCAAUUCCGUUAUUUUAUCUUACAAUUCAUGAUUUUACAAGACCUUCAGGUGAGACAUAAUAGAAAUGUUAUUAAAGAUAGCCGCUGGAGGUCUGGUGGCCAUGGGAGGCGUGGAAAAGUGAGAUUUACUGACUUGAACAUGUCACUGGCGGGCAUUGCCAUCCUCCUCCUACUGCUCUUCAGCUCCCUGUGCUUCAGCUGACAGGUGUGGGAGUACAGCAUUGAGGACUGUGAACGAUCCAGUGAGAGCAGAUGAUCUUCCAUAGAAAGAGCUUUUUUUCCUAUAGCCUUCACCGAGAUAAAUUACAAGGUUGAGAAAAGGUAGCUCAGCCUUUUUGUCAUAAGUAGGAAAAAUACUGAGACAAAAUAGUCCCUACUUUGUCUCAGUAUAUCUUUUGACUGGGUUGGAAUGUACGUGAACUUCCAACACCGUCCAUCUGAGUAUUUCAUAAAGAUUCACUUUUUAUGAAAUAUUAAUUUUUGAGUGAAAAAGCUGCUUUAAACCCUUAAGGACACAUGGCAUGUGUGACAUGUCAUGAUUCCCUUUUAUUCCAGAUGUUUGGUCCUUAAGGGGUUAAAGGAACACUAUAGUCACCAAAACAACUAUAACUUAAUGAAGCAAUCUGAUGUAUAGAUCAUGUUUAUGCAGCCCAAGGCACACCUCCCUGCAUGUGACUUGCACAGCAUUCCUAAACACAUCCUUUAAAUAAUCAUCUAAUGUUUAUACUUCCUUUAUUGCAAAUUCUGUUUAAUUUAGAAUUUCUUGUAUCCCGCACUUUUUUUAAUAGCUUGCUAGACCUUACAAGAGACUCCUGUAUGUGAUUAAAGUUCAAUUUUCAGAGCAUCAGAUAAAAACUUUUAAGGUAAGUUAACAUCUAAUUGAAAAUUUAAGCCUUUUGAUUUCAUGCAGGCUGUGUCAGUCAUAGCCAGAGGAGGUGUGACUAAGGAUGCAUGGACAGAAACACAAGUGAUUUAACUCAUAAAUGGCUGAUAAUUGAGCAGUGAAACUUCAGAGUCAUCUAUUUACAAACUUCUUCAUUAAGAUAAAGUUGUUUUGGUGACUAUACUGACCCUUAUAGUGUAGUGCUUCUGGUUCAAGAAGUGGGGACUGAAUCUUAAUAAGCAGGCAAUUACUCUCACUUUAGAUAUAAAUGCCUGCAUUUAUGAUGUUAGAGUAAGGGAACAUUCUAAGCACCAUAACCACUGCACCCUCCUGCUUUAAUUGCAAGAUGUAGUUACAGGUUAUAUCAGAGGAACAAGAAAAGAGGUGCACUGUUAAGUGCCUUUGUGUUGGGUAUAAGAGUGAUUGUCUCAAGAACAGGUGAGGGCAAUACUCACCAGGAGGAAGGUGAAGAAGAGUGCAUUGUUUAGCAAACCUAGUGUUCUAUAGUCCUUUAUUUCCCCUUUACAGUUCUGUGGUUUUCUAAAUAAUUAUAUUUUUUGGACCUAUUGGUGAUACAAGUUAUUAGCAAUUAUUUUACAUAUAGCAGAGUGACAUUUUUCAACUAUAUUUAAUAUUACUGAGGGAUAUUUUGUUUAGUAUUUGCAUACAAUAUUACAUAUUAUUGAGCUCUUUAUAAUAAUAGAAUCUUUUCUGAAUAACUCAGACCAUUUGUUAGAUGUUUGGCUGUGCGCUAAAUAUCGCUUGAAUUGAAGCCAACAAAAGACUCCCGAUUCUCAUUGAAAUCAAAGUUCUGUUUAAAACUUAUUAUCCUCUAUAAACACCCACAGUUUGGGUUGUACUUUCUUUUUUUAUUGAAUUUACGUCUUUAUUUUUGAUACUUGAUGUGACAGAGCUCCUGUACUCCGACCAAGUACCUCUGCCCAGUCCACUUCCUAGCAGCUUGCUGGGACCCUGGAACACUUCAACCCCUGUAACUGAAGCUUGACUGGGAUCUCCCUGGAGCUCUUUCCUUCCAGGCAGGUAUUGUCCCCUUUGCCUAUUCCUCUGCAGCUUUCCUUCUAGGCAGGUAUCAUCCCCUCUGCCUGUUCCUAUGCAGCUUUCCUACCAGACAGGCAUGCACCUCUGCCUGCAAUGUGAUAGCUCUUGUCUUUAAAAAAAGACCCUUGUGGCUCUCAGACCUAGCUCUCUUUUUGAUUUGGUCCCGGGCUAGAGGGAUCGUGCAGCUAGCCAACAGGUCUGAAGACUCUGUUACUCUGAUCCCUAAAAAUGCACACCGGACACACAGUUCCAAAAGGAACUAACAUACCAUUCUUUAUUUUGAACAAAGACUAACCUUUGAGAACUAGUACUGAAGCAUGUGCUGACAAAUGUUUUAUAAUACAAAUAUAUAGAACACUAGCAAAUGAGCAGUUAAAAUUAAUACAAAUAACAUUUUCGAACACAAUAAAAAGGAACAAUAUGUGUAUUUAACCACAUAUUUGGCUGCCCUCAUUUGCAUACCUGCAUUAUGUAAACGCACACACUUCCAUUCAGCCAGCAGAGGUUGCUACAGAGUUAUUAAAGUAACAAUGUAUACUUUGCACAUUGAUUGCUGCUGUCACACACCUCUUUCUGAGGUUCCUGGGGCCAGGUCCAUCGUCUGUGGGAAAGGUGCUGACCUUCAAACCUCUACAAAAUGCCCUGGCAUAGGAGCCUCUCUCACACUUUGUACAUCUUUUUAAAAAAUAAUAGGAUGAUUUCCCAUAGAAAAGCACAGGCAAACUAUGGCUCAUGCGCGGCGAAACGCAUCACGUGCCAAUCAGCAUUUCCUCAUAGAGAUGCAUUGAAUCAAUGCAUGUCUAUGGGGUGGGUUCAGCAUGGAGAUGCUGAACGUCAGUACUGAACGUUGUGCAGCUCUUACCCAGAAAGCAAUUCUACUGGCCAUCUAAGUGACUGCCACUUGCUAUGUUUCUAUUCAGUAAUGUAAACACUGUUUCUUCUCUGAAAAGGCAGUGUUUAGAGUUAGAAGCCUGUAGAAACAGAUUGUAGACACCAGAACAGCUACAUGAAGCUGUAGUUGUUUUGGUGACUAUAGUAUCCCUUUAAUGAUGCAUUUUUCUUAUUGGGGGGUAUAUCUAAAAACAGCUUGCAAAACACUUCAGAUCUCAUGUUUGCAGCCUCUGCAAGCCCUCCCCUUCUUCCCCAACCCAGACUUUCUGUGGCUAUCCAAUUACAGACUUCCCAAUGCAGCUCACCAAUUAGCGUUUGCAAUGCAGAAGCAAUUGCCUGCCUUGACUUUAGCUCCACUGCACUAAACAAACCAGGAUGUAACAAGGCCGGUUGUCUGAUUGAUAACCAGGGAUAGCGUAGCAAGAUUAGUUUACAAAAGUGUCAAUUCUAUUUAAAUAUGCACAUUUUGUAAACUAAAAAAAAGAGGGAAUAAUCUUAACAAUCUUCUGAAACUAUUAAUGAGUUUGGUAAAAAUUUCUAUACAGGUUGGGAAUAAAACUCGUAUAUGGUAUCUGACACCUUGUUUUGUUUGGUAUACAGAGCCAGUAAAAUGGUUCUUGUCCUAGCCUUUCUGAAAAUCUUAGCUUUGAAAACAUUUCUUAAAAAGCUUGCAACAGAAAAAAAAAAAAAUUCUCAUAUUUUCCAAUAUCCUUUGUAAAGGAACCUCCAAAUAAAAGACCCUUUUAUGCUGGGCUUUCUUAGAUGUAGAUAAUUGAGUAUGUUGAGAAUCUUUUAUUUAGUAAGCUUGCCUUUCAUCAUUUCAUAGCCAUGGCAGAAAUUAUAAUACCAAGAAGGCAAGCUGCCCUGUGGAUCCAAAUAUUUAGAAAACUGGCUCCCAUUGAGACUGCAGAUGCAUAUUUAAACCAAAACCACAUAAUUAAGCUAAAGUUGUUUUGGUGCUUGGUGUGUCCCUUUAAAUAAAGGGUAGAAUAAAGAGUAAUCCAGGAGAAAAAAAUAAUAUGUAUUGUCACAGGUUCAUGAGUCUAUUGCUGUUAUUUCUUCAAUCCUCCACUAGUCCUAAUUCCAGAUGUGCUGAAUAUAGUGAAAGUAUUCCCUUUGUGUAGAGUUUCCUCAAUAUAAUGGACGCAAUCAGUCGUAUUGGGUAAAAGCAGCAAUCUCACAAUAUUAGGACACACUUGACUUUUUAUGCAGUGCCCCUAGCAUGGGGUUUCUAAUACAAAAUCACAAGAGUUUCCUUCCCACAAGCCAUUGUGUUUGAGAGAUAAUUGAACUCCAAUUAAGCUAAUCCAAUUCUCUCUCAAAUAGGAAAACUUACAUACAAGUUUUACAUAUCACAAAAAUGAUAUUCCUGAAUAGCCUCGAUCUCGGCGCACAACAUAUCCAAAAAGUGCUUAGAUCGGUUCGGUAAAAUGAGUUAUGUUCGUGCAUAUAUGAACUGGCUGCCCGGUAGAGGGAGAGACAAUUUUGUCAAUUUCAAAAGGGGUUUAUUUGAUUGUAUGGGAGGUCAGAGCGUACAACCUAAAUUCCUCUUUGAAGCUGGUACCCCAGCAGAGCUACUCUGUAAGGUGUGUGAAGUCACACAUAAGUGGCCUGGAAGUCUGGUUUCAGUAUAACUAACUCUCCCAUUUGCCAUAUGUCUGUCACGUAUCCAUCCUCUCCAUGUAAGGAUUACAGUAGUAAUUACCUUCCUAAGAAUAAUAGAAGUGCCUCUCAGCAUCCCUACGCCAUUAUGCCUGGCAUUUGCAACAUAUCGGUGGACUCCAGCCGCUGCGGAUCCACUCGAUUGUAUAGCCCUGCGUCCGUCCACGGUGGAGAGGAGGUCGACGUGCGGGUGACGUCACGCAGGAGACACGCACGUUUUGGGGUCAAAGGCCAGGUACGGCCAAUAGGAUCCGCAAGAGGGUUAUUUAAACUCACUUAUUCCUUUAGCUCAUUGCCCUCUUUGUGGUUUCCCUUUGCUGGUUAUCUGAGAGUGUGUUCCUGAGUAUUAUUCUGUUUUUUGACUUCACUGGUUUAUGAUAUCCGUGACUUUUGGCUAUCCCUCAUCGUUGUGUCUCAUUCUGUAUCCUUGACCUCAGCAAGUACUUUGACUAUUCUUGGAUACGUUGUUUCCAGCCAUUCUAAGGUGCGGUUAGACAUUAUCCUUAGUCCUAGGUGUAAUACUAUUUCUGCGUGCUGGAUCAACUAAUAAUCCUGACAAUGUCUUGAUUCCCUCUUAGAUAAGGAGUCCUUUGAUAUGAACAAGCCUUGUGUUCCAAUAUCAUAUCACAAGAGACAUUAAUAGCCAUCCACAGAUUAAUACUCAAGCCUCAUUUUUAUCAUAUUUAGAAUGGGACAAGCACAAUCUUCCAAUCAAGCCUAGACAUGAUUUGCGAAGAAGGGAACCCCACAGAAUCUGUUCGGUAACCGAACAGAAGAGAACAAUUCCAUUCAAAUGCAGGGAAACAUUAGAUGAUAGAAAGUAUAAUUAAGGGAACGUGUACGAGGAGUCCCAUCUCCUGUGACACAUUUAAUUAUUUAUUUUUUUUACAUGUUAAAACAACACUACAGUCUCCUUAUAGGAACACUAUAGACAUCCUUAUCACUUCAUGUCAGUUAACCCUGCAGCUGAAAACAUUGCUAUUAUGCAGAAACGGCAGUAUUUACAUUGCAGGUUAAACUGUCUCCUUUGGAUGUCCAUAUAAAAUCCACUAGAUGCACUUCUGUGACAUAGUUGAGUAAAACGCCACUAUUUUAGUCAGAUGAAAUAGUUGCUGGAAUGUGUUUUGCUGCACAUGUGUAUUAGCCUCCUAAUGAUUUCCUUUUGGGAAUGCUUUGGAUUGGCUGAGAUUAUCAAUCUUGAUAAUCUCAGCCAAGAAUGCAGAACCAGCUGUGAAGAGUGCAAUGCUGCAUGGAAAGCAAGGUAAGUUAACUCUCAGGGAGUUUAAGGGGCAAAAUUCUUAAUAUGCAUUCCUAACACGAUAGUGUUGGAUUACCUAUGUAUGUCGCCAGUCCGCCUCAGAAUGGAGAUAAAAAGUAGCUUUACUUACCUUUUUUUCCAUCUUCGUGCUGGUCUCGCGGCAGCAGGACCCCCCUCCAUGGCUGAGAUCAUAAAUAGUGGAGAUCUCCACCAAUGUAAUGCUUUCCCAUAGUAAAGCUGAUUUACAUUAGGAAUAUUACUUUUUAUUAUAGUUUUCAAGGUAGCACAUUUUAAUUCCUUUUGAAAUGUUUGGCUUGUAGCAGCUGCAGGACCUGACCAAAUGCCAGUAUAACAGCCAUGUUGCCAGUUCUUUGUCCCCAUAUAACCUUUCAUACUGAAUGCUGUUCUUCACGUGUUCAUUAUUUGUGCAGGGUAAACAGAUUGGAAAUAACCACAAAGAGACUCUUCUAGUUCAUAAAAUCUCCUCCUAAUAAUUUUAGUAUGCUUUUACAUGCAGUAUGAAACUUUAGUCAUUUUAAGCCUGAUUAUUAUAUUAUAUUCUUUUCAGAUCAUAUUAGAAGACGUGUUCUACGUUGCCCAGUAAAUAAACAGAAUGGAUAUUCCCUGCUCGCUUUCAGCCAGGUUUGAAGGGUGUGUUCCUUUUUUUAUUGCUAGUUAGCUGUGAUGACAUUUGAUGCUCAGCUUGCAUCAUUUUCUUCUUUGUUAAAGUUGUUUGUCAGAAAAUGUAGAAAUACCUCCUGUUUCUCCAAUUGUGUUGCAUUUAUACAGCUUCAGAAUUGUACAAUUUUCACUCCUUCAGGGAAAGGAUAUAAACAAAUUACGAACACGCUCUUUCUCAAAGUACAAAUGCGGCAUGAAAUCCCCCAAAAUUGUCCAGCACACAACAGUAGAUUAAGUGCGCUCCAAAUUUAUUGAGGUCGUUAAAGCUUACAGUACAGUCUUUCGACCUAGUGAUAGGUCUUUCUUAGUCAGGGAAAGGGUCAAAGGGGCGUUCUGGAAAAUGUUCUGUUUUAUAAAAAAAAAGAUGGUUAUUUCAGGUCCAUGUAAGAUGCCAACGUAUGUUAAUAUCAAUGCACAGAUACCGGUAAGUACAUUUUUCUUAUUAUGGCACAUGUACAAACCUGGAAAAGCUGGAUGUAGCGGAGACAUACAAGAUGUCUCUUGGUUCUCCGAGGCAAGAAGAGGAAACGGUUUGCACCACCAAUUUGUUUAUGCACUCUCUUUCCCCCUUCCCUCCCCCCAUAUCUUUUACGGAGUUAUGCACUAUUUUGAGAACUCUUUUCCAUAGGACUACCACUUUCUUGUCGCCACAGGAACUAAAAGGUGUUUUUAUGCUGCUGACUAGCUAAAGUUUUCCAAAAUAUGUAGAUACAUUUACUAUCUGUGUAAUUUAUAGAUACAUGUGCUUUGAUGAUCAGGAGUACUGUCCCAAAAAUAAGAAAAAAAUUCAAAAUUACUGAGCUUUACUUUUAUCUGUGUAUCAAUUUGUCUUCUGCCCAUAGUUACUGUCUUAUUUUUGUUCUCUAUAGAUCCUUUGCAUAUUUCACAGUGAAAGACAGACUGCCUCAAAUUUUGACCAAAGUGAUUGACACAGUUCAUAGAUAUAAACACAAGUUUCUAGAAGAAUAUGGAGAGGUAAGUAUUGUGUUCUGUUUUUUUUAAAUUAAUUUAUUUUCAAAUUCAUGACAUCUGAAAUCUUCUUUAAUUUACCCUUAAACAAGCUUAUGAUCACCAAUUGAUAACUUGUCCAAAGACACAGUCUACACAGGAAAGAUACUCUUAUUUUUAUGCCCAAUUUAUGCCAUGACAAAAGACAUAUUGCCAAAUGCUGUGUAGAUUAAUCCUAUUCUCAGAGGUACUCCAGUAGCAGAAAUAUUGUAAGGUCUUUCUUUUUGAAUGAGUCCCCAGACAUAUGUUUUUUCCUAUGAAUGCCCUUGCAGUGACAUGACUAUGCUACUCCGGGCUUGGUGAACAAGGGAACAUUGUCUGGAUAUACCUCUUACGGCCAACAUUGUGGAGUCUGCUAUACCUCACUGUUGAAGCCAAUGACAAGUUAAAACUUAAUAACUUGACCGCAGAGUUUUAUGUGUAUGGUAUUUUGCCCAGUGUUUUUUGCCUGUGGUUAGAAAUGCAUGCUAUCAUACAUGUGGUAAUUCCUAUAGUCAGCCAUACUAUUAGAACUGAAUGAUUAUCUCAUCAUAUACCGACAAGUGUUCUGUGUGGAUUUAAUUUUGUAAACAUAGUUCUUUGUUUACUUUUUAGGAGGGUAUAGAUGGAGAAAAGCGAGCUUUAGCCUACUUUUCCAAGCUACGUAAUGAGAUGCAAACCGAUAAGCCUAUCAUUCCCAUCAUUGAUGACCUUCCUGAUACACAUAUCUGGAAUGAGUACCUGCAGUACCAGAAAUCAUUACUUGGUGAUGGUGAACAGCCCAGCUGGUUCCGAUCUCCUUGGCUGUAUGUAGAAUGUUACCUUUAUCGUAGGAUUCAUGAGGGUAUGACACUCAGGUAAGUGUACAAAAUGGGGUUACUUUGGAGUUUAAGCUACAGAAUGUGCUUAGUGGACUAACUAGCUAUUUCAUUUAGGGUUAAAAGAGGGCCUAUCUCCUGCUCCCUUGGCCCUCCAUAGAAAUGAGCAUGCAGCUUUUUUCAUUGAAGGCAUGUACAUGGUAGGUGUGUAUGUGUGUAGGGGCCUAGUGUUUGUGAAUGCUGAGGUGUUUUUGUGUGGUGGGUCAAUGUGUGUUUGAAUGCAGGAGUUUUAUUUUGUGAAGGGUUAAUAUGUAAAUGUUAGGGUGAGAUAUUACUCAUUCUGACUGAAGAUUAGAGAUUGCAGACAUGCCAAAGUUGACAGUCUACCACAUAGCUGUGUUUGCUAUUUGCGAUCCCCAUUGUGAAUUAACGGAAAGGCUGGUCACUCACAAAUUUUGUGUACAUAUGCUUUUCGAUUGAAAUGGUGACUUUAGUAAAAAUAUUUUGUUUUCAUUUUCUUCUUCCCACAUAGAGAUGGAUAUGUGAGGACCAUAACAAGUAAAAACUUACAUAUAUCACUUGCUUUUUCAUAUUUUUUUUCUCUAUUUCUAGAUUUGGACUAAUAUCUAUUAUCUUGAAUAUAAGUUCAAAUUUAAGGUGGCUCUAUCACCUCAAACUUACAAUUCUCCUGUUGUUUCCUCCUCUCUUCCUCUUUCAGAAUCUGUUCUUAUUUUAUAAAUUUCUGAUCCAUUUCUCUUUAAAACAUAAGACAUAGUAGGGACUACUUUGUCUUAUGUAUUUUUCCUACACUUGACAAAUCUUAACAAAGGGUAGUGGAGCUUGCCUUAACUUUACAGAAUAUGAGUGAUAUACCCAAAUGAAAGUCUAAAAGUGUGAACCCUGGCUAUUGAGGAAGCCUGAGCAGUAAAGGGUGUCAGUGAUUACCAGCCAAUCACAGCUGCACCUUGCUGGUAUGAAUUGGAAUGGCUAACGAAGUGUGCAAUCUCUGUCUUGGCCAUACUUCUAGUGGCUGGGCUGUGGUUAACCAGGGACUGCUUGGAAAUGGUUUAACACUGACUUGAGGGGCAGCGCCAGGGACUUGAAGCACUAUAACCAAUUCAAUGAGAUGAAAUGGUUAUAGUGCCUUGAUUAUUCCUUUAAAUCCAUAAACAGGAAUUGUAAAUUUACAAGUGACAUAAGCAUCCUUAAAAAUAUAUAUUUUUGUAUGUUUGGCACAUAUAGUUAAUUUUUUGUUGUUUGUUUUUAUAGCCCUCCUAUAUCUACGUAUGAUGUGUUCAUGGAAGCAAAAAAUGAUGGUUACUUGCAAUCUGAGAAUGCUGUUAUAGCACUCUGCACACAUCUUCAGGAAUUCAAAACAAACAUUGCAGAUACCUCUGAAGCUGGAUGCAAAGAAGCAUUCUCUAAACUGCUGCAGGUAAGGAUAUCUUUCUGAAAACAUUUAUUUUAUUUGCUUAACAUGUGCCAUAUGACUUGGUAGACCUGUUAUAUAACCAAUAUAAUCUUUAUAAGCUUGCCAAAUAGGUAUUAGGCUAGAAGCUGCACUUGUUUCCACAUUGCCAAUGGUGUAGUCAUAUCCUGUGAAGUGAGAAAUUGCACACAUGGAUGCAUACAUAGUGUUAGGGCCUGGUUUACCAUCCUUGCUGCCCCAAGGCCAGUUUAUCACUACACCCCCCUCAAUACACACACACUGACCCUUGUAGACACAAACUGACUUUGGUGGUUACCCUUGUGCUGGGUAAGGCAGGCUGCUACUGGCAGGCUGGUGGCUGGCACUCAGGGCUGGUGCAAGGAUUUCUUCAACCCUUGGCAAAGAUCCACUUUGCCGCCCCACAAUGUCACUCUCUCACUGACACACACACACACACACACACACACACACACACACACACACACACACACACACACACACACACACACACACACACACACACACACACAGAAACUCACUGACAGACAUACACUCACUCACUCACUGACAGACACAGACACUCACUGACAUACAUACACUCACUCACUGACCGAUACACAGAGGCAGACACUCACUGACAGACACACAUACACACACAGACACACACACAAACACACUCACUGACAUACAUACACUCACUGACAGACACACAUGCAGGCAGACACUCACUGACAUACACACACACUGACAGUCAAACACUCACACACUCACUGACACACAGACUCAAACAUCCAGCCUCAUUACCUUCCUGGGGUCCAGUGUGGGGCAGCUCCUCACUCCUCCAGCGCGCUGUUUAGCAUGCCGGGGCCGGAAUGACGUCAUAUUCCGGCUCCCAGUAUCACAGAGGGCGUGCGAGGGAGUAGUAGAAAGCUGCAAGCUGCUCCUUCGAUGCCCGCACUGCCGCCUCCUUUCCUCCGGCAUUCAUUGUCAGAGCAGGUACCUGCCAUCAGGGUAAGCAGGUGCCUGAUCUGCCAUACCGAUUAAAGGACAGCCAUAUGACCACCUUCUGGGCCCCCUGUGACAAGGCUCCUCCGGACGCCCCCAUUUUCAUCGCCUGGAGGAUUGGCCCGGCGCUAAGGGAGGAGUGGGGGGGGGGGUGGGGCGGCUUUAGAGCCGCUUACCCAGUGCUGUGGCUUAGGACACGGGGAGCCCACCAGGAAAUAUGCCGGUGGGGGCGCCCCCAGGGAGGGAGCACCCUCCAUUCCCUAGCUGGAAUGGAGGUUGAGAAGGACAGGGUAGUGCUCAGACGGCUAUUGCGCUACAACUCUUUGGAGACAGGACUCAUAGUGUAUGGUCCAGCAUCUUUGGAUGGUUAAACUACUGUAAAAGCAGAAUCUUGAUGUAUAGGAGUGCUUUGUAUCCUUUUGUUUUGUGUAAAUGGGAAUAAUUCCCCACGCUCUCUUGUGUGCUGGAAGGAAAAUGGCCUAGAAUAGUGUAUGAGUAGCCCAGCAAUAGAGAGACUGCAGAGAGGAUAGUCUUUACUAAAUUAUGGGAUAGAGUGGGCAACGUUACUGUGGUUCUCACCAGAUUCAAUUACACAGAAACAAAAACUGUAAACAUUUGAAAGGCCAAUAUCUGCAGGGCAGACAGGGCAAGUCUACAGUCUUAUCCUUGGUUUUCUAAUCACUUCUGAUUUUUUUAAAGCAUUUCUGAAUAGUUUAAAAUAAAUAAAACUACAAGCUGUUAAAGGGUAACAAAUUAAUCAUUGUCACCUCUGAAGAGUGAUUAAAUGUGUUUAAAGUUGUAUAUUUCUUGGGCUACAUUACAUUUUUCUUUGAGGACAUGGGAAAGUAAUUCUAAUAACUCAAUGGAAUGAACUAUAUACACAUGCUAUGAUUUGAAAUAUGCUACAAUGAUUUUUCAAAGUAUAUGAGUAACUGGUGCAUUUUAUUUAGACUUGUAUCCCUUCACAUGUAAUGGAGGAGUAAUGUACAUAAAUAUGUAUUAUGGGAUUAUUACAAAAGUUUACUUUACUCUUCUUUUAAUAAGCCAACAAUUCAUGUUUGUGUUUAUCUCCUGUAGGUGUCUUUAUGGGGAAACAAGUGUGACCUUUCAAUUUCUGGUGGGCAGGAUAACUCUCAGAAAUUCAGCAUUUUAAACUCUUUGGAAUCUUUCAAAUCCAACAUUCUAGUUGACAACACAGAAUCUGUAUGGCAAAUCCUUUCACAGAAAAAAAAUUCUAGUCGAAGAGUUGACAUUGUGUUAGAUAAUGCUGGAUUUGAGCUAAUUACUGAUUUUGUCUUAGCUGAUAUACUGUUGUCUUUGAAGCUGGCUACCGAAGUUCACUUCCAUGCUAAGUGCAUCCCUUGGUAUGUCUCAGACACCACUAAGCGUGAUAUUGACUGGACUAUUAAGCAACUCUUAAGUACAAACAACAGGUGGAUGUCCAAGUGUGGAGAAAUCUGGAAAGAGAACCUGAAGAAGGGUCGUUGGGUUUAUCACGAGCAUCUGUUUUGGACUUUGCCGCAUGAGUUCUGUAGCAUGGCCCAGACUGCUCCUGAUUUGUAUUCUGAGCUGCAGAAAUCUGACUUGGUUCUAUUUAAAGGAGAUUUAAACUAUAGGAAGCUGACCGGAGAUCGGAAAUGGGACUUCACUGUACCUUUUACUCAAGCUCUCACAACAUUUCAUCCCGCACCACUGUGUAGUGUAAGAACCCUAAAAUCAGAUGUGCAGGUUGGCCUAAAACCUGGCGCAGGAGAGCAGCUAGCUGUGUCUGAAACUGACUGGAUGAUUUCUGGCAAAUAUGGAAUUAUCCAGUUUGACGCUUCAGUAUGAAUUUGUUCCAGUGUGUUAAAACUCCACCUCCUCAUAUAAUGCUUUAAUUGAAUGUUUAUUUUUUAUAGAUUUUUACUGGGUGCCAUAAAUGCUUCCUUGGUAUAGUAAUUUCUGCAUUUGCUGAAUGAUAAGAAAGGUAUUUGUGUGUUUAUCUUAGAUUACAUUUGAAAUGUUGUCAUUAUCAUACAAUGGUGGACUAGUUCUCGGGAUCGCUGGAAUACAGAAUAACAGUUCUUUUUUGUAAAUAUGGAUCUGCUAAGCUAUACGAUUUUAUUUAGCACAAUGUAUAGGCAAAACAAUUAGCAGAUAAAAACUAUGAAUGCACUGCAUCAGUAGUCUUUUGAAGUUGAGAACUUUAAAUCAUACUUGUCAAAGCCAGACUGGGGCAAAUUGAGGAAUUACUUUGAGAAUAAAUGGAAAUCUCCUCAUGAUUAACCCACAUUUGACACAUUAUCCCUGAGCUGCAAUGCUUUCAUAAAUAUGGUCCUUAAAGGAAAAGUAUUGAGAAAAAUGAUUUUGUAUUUGGAUGCAUUAUAUAGAUAAUGCAUUAAAAAUAAUGCAAAAAAUAACCAGAAGAAAAAUGCAAUAUAAAAAGAUAUUUACCUUUACAGUUUUUGCACUGAUUAGUUUGUCAGCCUUCAACUUUAUGUAUUCUCCACUCUAACAAAAAAGAAAUUCUUAUUUAAACAAUGUCAGCCCAGCAGGAAGUUUAUGAGAUCAGUAGUUUAUCCCUAAGCAACAGUUCCAUUUAUCACUUAGCAGUAUCGGUAUCAGUAUACAUAGCAGUACCACUCAUCCUAUCAAUUUAAACCUGGUUCACUAGAAGGAGAGAGAGAGCUCACAAAACUUGGAUGAAACUGGCAUUGAACUAAUCCUUCCGGUUGCUUGAUUGACAUUAAGCAUCUAAGAAAUACGUCAAUUUCUGCAGUUUAGGGUACUCUAGUCACAUCAGUUAAUUCAAUGUUAUGAUGGUGUUUACAGUGUCCAUUUAAUCUCAUAUACAGGAGAAAUUAUGACUUCAUAGCAUUGCCCAUAUCUGUAGGUAUUAUCUGUGUGAUUACACAAAAGGAAUUUGGGAACUGCAUGCUUUAAAAGUAAGCAUCUCUGCACAUCUCCUGUCUUCUCUUUCUCUUCCCAAUAUGUCCAUGCUUGAUGGUAAAUCCUUUAUUUUUUGCUGAAGCAGUGAGACUUUAACCCCUUAAGGACCAAACUUCUGGAAUAAAAGGGAAUCAUGACGUGUCACACAGGUCAUGUGUCCUUAAGGGGUUAAAGGGACACUAUAGUCACUAGAACAACUACAGCUUAUUGUGUUUGUUCUGGUGAGUAGUGUGCAGCACUGCCAUUCAGUGUCUCCACCAUCUGCAUGCAAUGAACUUUCCUCAUAGAAAUGCAUUGAUUCAAUUAAUCUCUAUGAGGAGCUGCUGAUUUACCAGGGCUGUUUCUGGCUUGUGUUGGCUCUGCCCCUGAUCUGCCUUCUUGAUAGUCUCAGUCAAUCCUAUGGGGAAGCAUUAUGAUUGGCUUUUGUUCAACACUUCUGAUGAUGUCAGUUAAGCAGGCAGAUUAGGGAGCCAAGGAGGGCCAGCAGGGCUAAAUGGUGGUUUUAACACUAUAGGGUCAGAAAUACAUGUUUGUGUUCCUGACCCUAUAGUGUUCCUUUAAAGAAAGUGGUACCAGCAGUUUCACCUACAAAAGGUAGCUGUGCGUACUGCUUCUUUGUCUAUUCGCAGCAAUAACAUUACAGAAAGACUUGCAGGGGUGAGUAACUUUUAGGCCUGGACAUUACUUUUUUUUUAUGUUAAAAGUACCCUCAGAAAUAAUUUCCAUAUUUUAAUGAUGUAAAAAAUGUAAAAUUGACAUGGCUAAUUUACAAAACCAAGAACUAUAGUGAAUAAAAAAAAGAACAUAUUUGCUAAAUUUAGUCCAACAUGGAGUUUGAGAAAUGUUGAUGUCGAUUGCAACUAUGAUAUGUUAACAUAUAUUUUCUCUUGCCCUAUGCUUUAAGUAUCCCUAUGCUCUCUUAAUGGAACACUCAAAGCAGUGCCAAUUUAGCUCAGCUGGCCUAAGCACAAAGGUAGACACUACAGCUCUUUAAAAAGUCUGCGAUUGGACAAGCACAUUCAACAAAGAAAUACAAUGCAUUAGCUUGCCUUGAUGAAAAUAAAAUAUAUAUUCUAUUAUCUUAUUUUCAAAAAUCUGUGUCAUUCUUCUGUGACACAGAAUACAUUCUAUUUUUUUGGCAAAUAUGUGCUACUCUAGAGCUCAAUGUAGUGGUUAUGGUGACAGGAUUACUCUAGUGGGGAUAGCUGGGCGCCAGAUCCUGCCUCUCUGCAGCUGACAGUUCUUUGCCUGAGCGAUCAGCUGAUGUUCUCAGUGAGCUGGCCUGGCACUGCAGGGAUUAGCUUGUGAAAGCUAAUGGAUUUAAUACCAGAAAGGAUGAGACAAAAACCAGUGUCCAGUAGACACCAGGUAAGAAGUCAAAUAAUUAGCAAAUCUGCUGUAGUUGUUAUGGUGUUUCCUGGUUUGACCAAAUAUGAAGAGCCCUGAGGUACUGUUGGCCUAACCACCUGUACCUUAGCAAUGUACAUUUCAUUCCUGCUGUCUAAAUUUAUAGACACACUCUAAUAAAUGUUUUUAUAAACACUAAUAAAAACAUUUUAUAUCUGUGGUGAUGGCAUAUGCAGGAAUGGUCAGUUAGCAGGGAAUGACACUUACAUGCCAGACCAGCCCAGUAGCCCACUCAUGACAAAUAUGAGCAUACCUACUUUUUGAAGUUUUCUGGGUCAUUUGUACUGCAUGAAACAUCUGUCUUUCUUUUCCUCCCUGCACACCCUCUUUCCAGACCCUGCUCAUUAAAAGUUGCAGUGAUAAAGAUAAGGGGCUACAAUUUGUGCUGCUCUAGUCACUAUUUUCAAAAAAGCAGGCUCCUUACUCUCUUCACCCAGCCCACUGCCAGCCUCUUUAUUCCUACAUUGGUCUAAGAGUUUAAUGUCUCUGAAUUCUUCUUUAGGCAAACACAGUCUGGGGCUACAUACACCCCUUCGGCAAAUGCUGUGCAUUUGAUCUCUGAUUUUUCCAACAAGCACUAAGCGAAAAAAACAUAACCAAUAUAAACCACUGGUCUAUUGGUACAUAACAUCUCAUUACUUCAUAUGAUCUUUUUUUUGCGGUCAUCAUAUUUUUUACAACUGUUUGCUAAUGCAAAUAUCCAGUCAAACAAUUAUUUGCAAGAAACAUACAGACAUGUUCAAGUGGUUCAGUUAUUUAAACUAUACAGCAGAAUGCGGAAACCAUCGAUCCAUCUUGCAAAGCCGAGUCACUCUUCUGUGUAUUCUUAACCCCUUAAGGACACAUGACAUGUGUGACAUGUCAUGAUUCCCUUUUAUUCAUGAAGUUUGGUCCUUAAGGGGUUAAACAGCUGUAACCAAAACUGUUCAGGUUGGUAGUGGUGAAACCGUGUAUAGAAUAUUAUCUUGGCCCACAUUUGGCAUAGAAUAUUAUCUUGGCCCACAUUUGGCAUUUUAAAAUAACAAUUUAAAGAGAAUUUUUCUUCUAUGGAAAGUAAACCAUUGAAUAAAACCAUA